UCAUGCAAUCUAUGAUGAUUCCUGUUGAAAUAUGCGAGGAAAUUGAGCACAUUGCCAAGAGUUUUAUUUGGGAAUCUUCUAGCGUGGGGAAGAAAUUGGCGCUGGUAAGCUGAAAUUCAGUUUGUUAGCCUAAGACCUGCGGAGGCUUUGGGAUAAGGCAAUUGAGAGACCACAAUACUUCAUUUAUGUUCAAAAUUGGGUUUAAUGUGGUAGCUAAUCCUUCAUCCUUGUGGUUAGAAUCCUCCGGUCAAAGUAUGGAAUGAAGGAAGGUAUACCUGACAAUAUUGAACGAAGAAAAUGCUUGUUCUUAUGGCGUGCCCUCUCUAAUAUCUGGCCUUUAUUAAGAGAAAACUUAUACGGGUCUAUUGGCGAUGGUAAUGAGAUCAGAUGUUGGCAAGAUCCAUGGGUUCCGGGUGUUGGACCUUUGGUUAAAUAGAUUUCAUCUCAUGGUCAUCUCGAUUUAGAGUGUACCCUUAAGGAGUUGGUCACAGAAAGUGGAGCUUUAAAUCUUGAUCUUUUCCCUUUUUGGACUAAAGAGACGAUUAUUUAACGCAUUGUAAGUAUUCCUCCACUGUAUCCUACGCCAAGUCUUGAUAAGAUUGUUUGGAUGGGCACUUAUUAGGGUUCUUUUCCCCUUAAGAGCACUUAUUGGAAGUUAAGGGAAAUGGCAUGGGAUCCAAAAGACGUAACUUGGAACAUCCCGUGGAAAUUCUAAGAUCCCCAAAGAGUCAGGUUUUUUAUUUGGCUAGUGCUGAAGCAAAGGCUGUUAACAAAUGUGGAAAGGAUGAUGAGAGGUAUUGGAAAUGGUGGAUCUUGUACACUGUGUGGUAUGGAAUCUGAAGACACUUUACAUGCGAUUUGAGAUUGUGUUAAGGCUAAAGAGGUCUGGCUGCAGGUAAUCCUUAUAGAGAAACAAAGGGGGUUCUUUUCAGGUAGCUUACAUGAGUGGUUUGCGAAUAAUUUGCCAAAUAAACAGGGGCUGUCGUUAUUCUUUUCCAACGGCUUCAAAUGAAGUAGGUGAGGAGAAAAGAAUUUGAAGGUUGUAGACCAGGGAUUGUUGUUCAAUUUGUCAGAGAACCGCCCUGUCAAGGCGGAAGUUGCGGGUUCAAGUCCCGUCAGUCCCGACCUAUGAUCCGAGAAAGAUAUAUCAAUUCAUCUCUCCGGGGAGAGAAAGAGUUGGAUCUAAUUUCCCAGCCUUCUUUCGUUUCGCAUUUCUCAUCGGACAAAGAAAGUCAAGGAAUGGUUAAGUCAAACAUUCCUGUCUUAAGCCAAUCCCUCCUGCCUGGUAGGUGCAAUCAGUAUACGAAUACCGUCCUUUCUACUGCGACCAGUAAGGGUGAUGCGCUAAGGAAUUGAAUCAAGAAAGGAGGAAUGCCUUUCUAUUCGGACUUCUCAGAAGCGGGUUUAGAAUCAAUCCCAUCCGCCCCAGGGACAAUAAGAGGUCAAUCAGGUUAAUCCCUCUCGCCAAGACUAGUUGUCUUAGAAGGAGUUGCAACCUAAAGGGCUAUUCCUGAUCUUUCCUGUGAUUCAAUCGAUUCCUAAGAACUUACCUUACCUCUCGCAAGGAACUUCACUUUCGUAUAGUUGACUCGAAUCGAAUGCACUCUUAGAAGGAAGAAUUGGAUGUGCGCAGAGCAUUCAUCUAAAAACAGCAUUUCCGACAUUCACCAUCAAAAGGGCGAUCUCACACUAGCACUAGGAUCUGUCUAUGCUUGGACUGAUUGGACGAGCAUCUGCUUUUCGGCAUAUCGAUACUUCUUCUUCCUCAGCGACUUGGAAAUAGCAUGAUUCCACACGGGCAAGGAAAGGCAAUGAAUAUUGUUUAGAUACCCCACUCAAAGCAAGGAUCGGAAGAGAUGAGUUAUGGAUGUGGAAUGGAAAAGUCGUUUUGGCCUCCUUGCAUGGCAUAUAUAAAAGAACAUAAAUCUCUUUAUUUUCCAAGGUAUGUAACGUAGUGCUAAUGAGAUUAUCAAAAUAUCUUAUAACUGGGCGAAGCAAUAUAGAUUAGUACAAAACAAAAGUCUACUUAAAAAGUCAACAAGUAAGGAUGGAGAUUCCUUGGAAGGAUAAAUGGGUUCAACUAAAUACAGAUGGUGUUGUUAAAAUGGGAACUGGUAAUGCUACUUUUGGAGGAGUCUUGCGAAAUCAUGAAGGUAAAUGGAUUUUAAGCUUCAAUAGAUGUUUGAGGAAGUGCUUAGUGUUCAAUGCAGAAUUAUGGGGAAUCUACAUUGACUUGUUCAUUUUGUAGAGUCGAAAUUAUGAGAGCGUGUUGAUUUAAACAAAUACUGUGGAGGUUGUUAUAGCUAUUCAAGACUCAUUCAGGAAAUCCUCGAACUCUGCUUUGAUUAGACAAAUUCAUCAACUGUUGACGAAUAUUGAACAAUGGUUUCUGAAUUAUGUUCUUAGAGAGUAGAAUAAAGAUGCCGAUUGCGUUACCAGAAUGGCUUUUGAUAGCGAGGAAGGCUUGGUUUUAUUCGAAGAAGUGCCACGGGAGAUUCCAUUUGCUUUAAGUUAAUGUAAUGUAAUGUUUAUUUUUUUACACCAAAAAAAAAAUAGAGUUUGGGAAAGAUGAGCCAAUGAAAUAAUUAGGUUAAAAGUUAGUUUAGAGAGUAAAUUUAACUAAAAUUAUGCUUGGAGUUGUCAAUAAGGAGUCAGCAUUGGUGAGAGUUGAAGUUUUUUCUUUUUUCUGUUGGUAUACAUCCGACAAAAUCAUCCAAUAGCCCAUUCUUUUGUUAACGACAUUGUUAAUGGUGAGGAGAUGUGAAGGAAGAAAGAAUGAAGAGAACUGUUUGUCUUCAACAGCUUCAAAUUACCCUUAAAUUCUGUCCAUUUCACUUCCUUUAAAUCACAUUGUAAUAACCUCUCUAUUAGCUUUAAUCUGACUAAAUUUUCAUGUGAAAAAUCAGUGGUAAUCCCCAUUAACAAAAGCUAUAAAAAUCACUCAGAAAACACACCCGAUCAGGAGUAACCAAAAACAAAACCAAAACCUGGCCUUGCUUUCACACCCAAUCCCAAAGCGGCUGCGAACAUCUUAAUCCCUUUUGGGCACUAUAAAUAGCCGACUAUAUUAACGCUUCGAUUUCAUUCCGCGUGUACGCCUCGAUGAUUCUUAUUCCACGUUGGCAAUCCCCAGGUCUCUUGAAAAACCAAUCCUAGAACGCCACUCUCUUUUGACAUAGAUCCCGACCUCGCUAUAAAUUCUCCUUCCUGUCAUUUCCACGGGGCAUAUCAAAGCAAAACCGUUUUUAUUGUCACCGUGAUCAUUAAUGGCCACCGCUGAACCUGAAGUUCCAGUCACUGAGCAGCAGCAGCCGGCGGCAGCAGAGGAGCCAAAGCCGGCGGAAAAGCUUGUGAAGGAGAAGAGACCCAGAGCUCCAAAGGAGAAAAAGCCUAAACAACCCAAAUCCGCAGCACAUCCUCCUUAUUUUCAGAUGAUCAAGGAGGCGCUUUUGGCUUUGAAAGAGAAGAGUGGAUCAAGUCCGUACGCUAUAGCGAAAUACAUGGAAGAGAAGCACAAGGCGGUGCUUCCAGCGAAUUUCAGGAAAAUCUUAGGUCUUCAGCUUAAAAACUCAGCUGCCAGAGGCAAGCUGAUAAAGAUCAAGGCCUCUUACAAGCUCUCCGAAGCCGGCAAAAAAGAGAGAGCCCCUGUUACGAAAGCUAAGACGGAGAAGAAAGCUAAGCCAGCUUCGAAGCCGAAGAAAGCUGAGGCGACAAAGAAGCCAACAAAGAGAGUCGGGGCCAAGAAGAAAUCAACUCCAGCAAAGCCGAAGCAGCCUAAAUCUAUCAAGUCACCUGCGGCUAAAAAGGCCAAGAAGGCGGCUGCUUAGAACAAAUGUGUAGGAAGUCACUUUAGGUUUUAUAUGUAAUCAGUAACUUAUCUUUGUGAAUACAUGGAUGUUAGUUCGGUGCUUGUGUUAAGGAAAUAGUGGGGAUGGUUGUUUGAUCUUUUGAUCUGCAAUGGAGAAGUGACUUUUUUGGUAUGUAUGAAUAACGUAGAAUGGCCAGACUGUUGUGAAUCCCCGUCUAACUGUGUUGAAAUGGAAGUUAAUGUUGGAGGAA